GAUUGAUAGUUCACAAAUAAGCUUAUUUUUUUCAAAUUUUCUAAAUAUAAUUUUUUCAAAAAAAGGUGAUAAGUAUGAGUAACGAGAGAGCGACAUCUCCGGCGAUUCCGCCGCAACCCUCCGAGCACCAGCCACCAAAUCAAAUCAACUCUGCUCCCUCCCCUCCCCAAGCUACGAUGAACGUCGUCGUCGCGAACAGCAACGGCGUAUCAUUUGACGAAGAACCGUCAUGUUUCAAGUAUCUGGAUAGCAGAGAGUAUGGUGAUAAGUACAAAAGGUACGAAUCUGAGUUCAAGCAGUGGGUCCUCUCCAAGCAUAUCUAUCCCAAUGCAGUGAAUUUGUAUGAGGGGAGAACGAUAAUAGGUGGUGAAACCAUUCUCUCUAGCAAGUGGCCUUGCACUCGUUUCUAUGCCGACCCCUGUAUUUCAUUUGCAGAAGAAGAAGAGAGUUUAGAUUCACCUCCUGCAGAGAUAGGUGGUUUAGUUCCCAAUGGAAGCAUUGUCUCUGAGUAACAAUGUUUGAUUUGCUUCAUUUGACCAAGAAUGUGAUACACAUUAGCAGAUUUUACUAAUAGCUAUUGCCUUGUUGUUAUCUAUUAUAUGCAAAGCAAUUUCUAGUGUGGAAGUAAUAGUCACAUUAUA